UUUAAGAGCUACGCCCUCUCCGGUUGCUUCUACCACUCGUAUCUGGCAACGCGCACAGAACCCACUGUGUCGUCACUGAGGUCAGCGAGACAGAGCGAAGAUGGCGACCGCCUACGAGAGAUAUAAUUUGCACACAACUCCAGAGAAGUUCUUCAUCGAGGCCUGUGAUGAGGGGGCAGAUGCUGUGCUGGCGAUCGACAGGGUUUCUAAUGAGAUGACCCUCACAGGUAAAAAGGAUGUCCCUCCCUCAGCCGUCACCAGGCCGAUAUGUGGCAUCAUGGGAACCAUUCGCCUGGUUGCAGGUAUGUACCUGAUCGUCAUCACCAGGAAGAGGAAUGUGGGCAGCCUCCUGGGCCACGCCGUGUGGAAGGUCGUGGACUUUGAAGUGAUCUCAUACAAGAAGACGGUGCUGCACUUGUCAGAGAUACAGUCACAGGAGAAUAAGACCUUCCUGUCGAUGAUUAACAACGUGCUGACCACGGACGGCUUCUACUUCUGCACCGAUUACGACCUGACGCACACGCUGCAGCGGCUCGCCAACACCAGCCCCGACUUCCAGGAGAUGAGUCUGCUGGAGAGGGCAGAUCAGAGGUUUGUGUGGAAUGGGAAUCUCCUGAGAGAACUGGCCGCACAGCCAGAGCUUCACAGGUUUGCACUCCCUGUCGUCCAUGGAUUCAUCGUCAUCAAGCCCUGCCGUAUAAACGGGAAGAUCUUUGAGUGGAUCCUCAUUUCCAGGAGAAGCUGCUUCCGCGCCGGAGUCAGAUACUACGUCCGAGGCAUCGACUCUGAAGGUCACGCCGCUAACUUUGUGGAGACCGAGCAGAUCGUCUUGUACGAGGGAGCAAAGGCUUCAUUUGUGCAGACACGAGGCUCCAUGCCUUUCUACUGGAGUCAGAGGCCCAACCUCAAAUACAAGCCUAAGCCCAUCAUCAGCAAAACCCCCAGUCACUUGGAUGCUUUCCAGAGCCAUUUUGACUCUCAGCUGCUCAUCUAUGGGAAGCAAACCAUCCUCAACCUGGUGAAUCAGAAGGGCUCAGAGAAGCCUCUAGAACAGGCUUUUGCCAAGAUGGUGUCGGAGAUGAACAACGGUAUGCUCAACUACUUCCCCUUCGACUUCCACAAAGAGUGCAGCCACAUGCGAUGGGACCGCCUGCAGAUCUUAGUGGACGCCGUCAGUGAGGCACAAGAAGAAUACAGUUACUUCAUGGUGAACUCGGAGGGGAAGACGGUGGCGCAGCAGAGAGGAGUCUUCCGCAGUAACUGCAUGGACUGCCUGGACAGGACCAACGUCAUCCAGAGUCUGCUGGCCCGACGCUCCCUACAGUCACAGCUGCAGAGAGUCGGGGUUCUGAACGUGGGCCAGCAGAUUGAAGAACAGGUUGAGUUCGAGAAGGUCUACAAGAACGCAUGGGCUGACAAUGCCAACGCUUGUGCAGUACAGUACGCAGGAACUGGAGCUUUGAAAACAGACUUCACAAGGACGGGGAAGAGGACCCGAUGGGGGCUGCUGAUGGACGGAUGGAACUCCAUGAUUCGCUACUACAAGAACAACUUCUCUGACGGAUUCAGACAGGAUUCCAUCGACCUGUUUCUGGGUAACUUUGCUGUGGACGAGUCCGAUUGUCCCACGCCACUUCGUGUGCAGAAGGACUGGAAGUUCCUCACGCUGCCCAUUAUUAUGCUGGUGGCGUUUUCCAUGUGCAUCGUGUGUCUCCUCAUGGCCGGCGACACGUGGACGGAGACGGCGGCUUACGUGAUGUUCUGGGGCGCAGCGAGUGCCAUCACGGCCACCAUCAUCCUAUUCAACGGCCAAGACUUUGUGGACGCCCCCAAACUGGUUCACAAGGAGAAGAUGGACUAAGUUAUGGUGUGUGUGUGUGUGUGUGUAUGUGUGUGUGUAUGUGUGUGUGUGUGUGUGUGUGUGUGUGUGUGUGUGUGUGUGUGUGUGUGUGUGUGUGUGUGUGUGUGUGUGUGUGUGUGUGUGUGUGAGGAGCAGCUGGGUCCCACAGGCUCAUAUACCUCUUCAUUGACACCAUUUCCUGCCUCAUGUCUGGACUCGAGACCCGUCUGCUGCCUCCAUACUGCCGUCAGACUCUCUCUGUCAAGACACUACGGUUUUUCUCUCAGUCGUCUAUAGCACAUGUUACCUUCCUCUGGUACUGCACACACUCCUCGACGUGGUUUACAUUCCUCACACUGAGUCUUUAGCUGGGGGUUUGCUGCUGCUGCUGCUGCUUUGUUGGAUUUGUUGGCAUUAGCGUCUCAGAAAUGCAGACCGUCUACGAUGGAACAAGUUUCACGACUGCUCAUUUACCUUAUACGUUUAAAAUCCUAUGGGGAGAUGAUUGGGGGGGCGUGUGGUUUUAAAAUCAGUGCAGUAUUUUCCCUCAUAACUCGGAGACUAGAAUCGGGAUAUUUCACCAAAAGUACAAAUGUUAUAACGUGCAGUUUUAUAUCGUGCUUCAUCACUCACACAUCAUCCAAUCAGCCAGAGAAGAGCAGUGCAAAGCAGCUGUUGUAGCUGAAUGAUGGGUUGUGAAGCCUCGUUAUUAAUUGUAUUGUUUUCCCCCCCAAAUGUGUUGCCUCGAAACCGAUGAUGUUACAGCUUUCUGCUGCUGGAAAUGUGGUCGAGAGAGAAAAGAGAUGUUUAAAACCAAAAAAAACGGAGAGAAUAAGAAUAUGAAAUAAAGUAAAAGAAAAAAGUUUUAAUCAUAAUGUAAACUGACAUUUGGCGUUACAUGAAACUUUGAUUAUUGUAGCUUUACAGAUACGACGCAAUCGUACAUGUUUAUCAGAUAAUUGUGACCUUAAUUGUUUGUAAUUACUUAAUGAGCUGUAAAAUUCCCAGACGUGCACAUAUGUACGGUAUGUUUAAUAUUGACGAAUAUUGAGAAUGAGAGAGCACAAUUAUGUCUUCCCGUUCUUGUUGUUGUGAGUAUUUGUGGUUCAGUGCAUCCACUUUGGAGAACAACAACAUGGCAGUUUUAGGUCAAAGUUCAGAGCACAUUCAAACUCUCAAUCACUCAAGUCCAAAGUGCUACAUGUGCUUGAUAAAUUGUAAACAAAAUAAUGUCGUAUAGGUCAGUGAUUCACAGGGUCCAGCCUUGUGCUUGUUUCAGAAUAGUUGGGAGAGACUGGGACGAGACGGAGGACAAAAUCUCUAGUUAACUAUUUGACUCCAAUCUGUAAACGAAGAAAGAAGUGGACGAGCGCUGAUGCCGGGGCAGUCACAAGUCAAAUAACAGCUUUUUAAAGAACGGUUUCUCUUGCAUAAACUACUACUACACUUUACAUCCAAUAAUUGUCAGAAAAAUAGUGUAAAAUCUCAGUGUUUCCCCAAACCUCAACAUCGCAAACGUCCCUGUGUGUCUUAAUCUCAUCCACCUCUGCUGUGAUUGUGUCAGUUUUGCAAACCGCUCACACUCCUGCACCAAAAUAUCCAUAUCGAAAAGUACAAUAUUUGCAUCUAACAUACUUUUGAUGUGCAGGCGUGGAAGAUGCAGCCAGCAGCACCUCACUGAGCUAUGUAUGGGAAUAUAACAAAGAGAAAAAUGGUAAAAGAAAUGUAAUAUUUUCUUCCCGUCGUGUCGAUCUGCAGGUGUUACUAUGUAUUUGUUUUCAGGGUUUAUCCAUGUCGUCUAUACUGUCGAACCAGUUUUACCAUUUUCUCCACUAUCGCGUGUGUAAGUCAACAUAUUAAUAACCUGUACAGCCGUAAAACGUCUCGGUCCUGUGUGUUAUUUUUGUGGCAUUAUUAUUUUCUACCACUAGUUUCCAUGGAUGUAGCUGUGUGAUGCACAGGAGGAUUGUGUAUCUUGUGUAUCUUAACAUACCAUAAUAAUAACCAUGUGUUAGAGUGUUUGAUGUGCGGGUAUAAAGAGAUUCAGUCAGCAGCACCUUACUGAGCUAUGUUUGAAAAUGAAACACAGAGAUUAUGGUGAAAGGUGAACUCUUUUCUUUCUUUAAUGUACAGCUGUGGGUGUACAGUAGUCAGUCAUGAUGAGUAAUUAUAUUCAUUUAGAAACUGGGCCUUUUAUUUUGUCUAAGUUGUGCAGGUGAUAUGAAGACUAUUCCAAAGUUUUCUCUGACUGUAUUCACAGUUUGUCGUGGAACAUGUGCAUUAAAUUACAGUUUUCAGAGCCAGAAUAAAUCCAGUGGUUUCAGUAACUGUCAAUAAAAAAAUCCAAUGAACACA